AUGACUAGCGAAGAUGAUCACAAACAGAUGCAAAUCAAGAUUCUAUACUCGUUCGAUGAUAACCCAACAACGUUCCUUUCAAGGUCAUCACAACAGUAUUCAGUGCAAACGGCAGAGGUGCCAAUUCAAUCGACAAUGUCCGACGAGCCCGAGCUAAUAACUUUAGGGGGGGUUGAACUCCGAAGCUGUAUCAAGCAGCUCCUUCUGUCCAAUCCUGAGAACUUUAAGCUACACUCGCAAGACUAUGCUGUCUACUACAAGGAUAUAACUGAACAACCAGAUGAACCUUUUGUUUCAAACGGUGUUCUCUCGUCGCUAGUAUCUUCAAAGGAGUCCUGUCUUAUUCCUGGGAGAGUAUGCCAAAAUAUGUCGGCCAGCUUUUUAUUUGGUAACAAGACAAAGGCGUCGUCAUUGACUUUGGAAAUAAGAUUGAAACUACAUACCAUAGAAGGUACACCAGCACUUCCACCAUCUGCAAAUUCAACACAGCUGCUGCAUCUGCAACGCCAUCAGCAGCAAACUCGACAGCCGCUUUCGACUAUCAACAGCUCCCACGUUGAUAGGAAACGACCAUAUGAGUCCUUACACAAGCCGUCGCACAAUCCAGCUAAAGCAACAAGAACAUUGUCGUUGCCUUCUUAUUCGAAUAUCCAAAACAUUCAACAAGCUGAUCGUUCUAAUACAACCACGCGAUACAACAGGGAAAGUGUUGAAAAUCGUUUUAAGCUGGCGCCUUUCUUCCAAGAGAAAGCAGUGUACGAUAAUGGGAAAAAGAGGCCAAAAUACACCCCUGGAACGACACCACUGCAGCAGAGCAAGCCAAGUCCGACUCCCUCUCAACUCAUCCCACAAAGAGCUGUCCGUACCAGGUCAAUGUUUACAAACACUCCUAUCAUGGUGUCGUCGCCAAUUAAUGAAGAGGUCUAUUCAUCUGAUGACCCCGAAUACAAAGCUAAUGAAGAUCAUGAUGAAAACAUUGAAGAAGAGGAGGAGGAGGAAGAUGAUGAUGAGGAUUACGGUGCUACCUCGCCUUACACUCCUCAACAACCACCGUAUGUCAAUAAAGAAACACCACCAGCGUUGCCCGAAGAUUUGGAUAGUAAGCGGACACAUACUAUCACCAGUGCAAAGUUACCGGAGAAUCACGGAUUAGUGUGCAUCAACUCGUGUUGCCGAACUCAGUCUUCGAUUGCUUGGAAAUAUUUUGAAACUGAGUACAAGCCCCAUUUCUCGGCUUUAAUAAGAGCUACUGAGUUUGACAAGAAACAUUAUGAGGGAAUGCUUGGUCCUCUAUGUAAUGCAUGCUUCCUCUUUUACAAGAAUAAAGGAUUCAUGAGACCCGAACAUGUUGUGCGAAAGUACAACCAGCAGCAACGAUACACGCAGAAACUCAAAAUGAAGAACUCAAAAGAGGAGGAAUCAGAACACUCCAAAGCAUCACUCAGUGCCGUUGCUAGUAAAAAGAGUUUUCAUUCUUCACCAAAAACAUUUCCAACUCCAUCACACACACCAUCAGCAAUCAACCAAGUUAUCCAAAAUAAGUACCAUGGAGGUCAAAAUCAUUUAAAUCCGUUACAUUCAGGACAAACGCCUGACUAUCACGACCUACUAAACCAACUAAACGUAUACGGAGGCCCAUCGACUGAUAUAGAUCCUUUGCCUGGUGCCACACCGCCGAUGCUUGCAACCAAGUCCAAUACUAGAAUUAUAAAUGUACCCGAUAACGAUGCCAAGAGAGCAACAAAGCAAAACACGACCGUAAUUGACUUUGAUGAAGGUGAAGAUAAGGAAAACUGCCCACCGCAGGAAGUUACCAACAAGGAGAUUGCUGAACUUGAUGCCAUGUUGCAGUCCAUACACGAUGACUCAAAUUCAAAUUGGAUGAAUUUCUUCACUGAUUCAGCUCGAAAGGACGAAAAUAGUCCUAAUUCCAAAACACCGGUUGAUCAAAAUCCAAUCGCAUUAUUAAAGAAACCAUCCAUCAACUCGCCCUCGCACUCCUCGAAUAAACUGUCAAUGGCAAACAUGCCUAGUUCACCAUACUUAUCGGCUCAAUCGCAGACUGAAAAUAACCAUAGCGAAUUGGAUGAUGUGUUGGGAAGCAUUGCAUUUAAGCAUGGUGCUGCAGAUUCUUCACCACAACAUGCAAGCAGAACAGAUACAGCAACUCUGUUGAUGAAUUGGCAACACAAUACAAGUAAUUCUGGAAUGAAAGAUUUAGGUUCGACGCCUAAUACUGAUUUCUUUUCAAACGCUGAUCAAGAGGGGGAUAAAUAUGAUGGUGGUAGGAGCGUUGACUUGAGUGCAGAGAAUGUGCAUACUAGUUAG